AUGGCAGUCACAGUGGUACCUGUAAUUCAAGCAGGUAAGGGCUGGAAGGGCACUGGCUUCUUUGCCAUAUCUGUUGUGGUUGGUAUCACACCUGAAAUGCUUCCCAAGGUUGUGGCCGCCAAUUUUGCACACUCGGCUGUGCGAGUGGCACGUAAAAAAGUGAUUGUCAAAGUUUUUGAGGCGAUUCAAAGCCUUGGUGCUGUCAAUAUCCUCUGCUCAGAUAAGACGGGCACUCUGACAAUCGACCUUGUCCGAGUAUCUGGCUCGACUCCCGGUUCUGGGGAGCCUUCAGAUCUGCCCAUUAAGCUAGCCUAA